ACGGCUGUUAAUACACUUGAGGGAGAGUCAGCCAUGGCAGCCGAAGGUCUUGUCAAAGAGUUCCACGCUCAAGCAAAGUGCCCCAUCUGUCUCAAAUACUUUGAAAAUCCAGUCACCAUCGAUUGUGGGCACAAUUUCUGCCAAGACUGCAUCACCCAGUGCUGGGGGGAAUCUAACAGCACUGCUUUCUGCCCUCAGUGUGGAGAAACGGUUCAAAAGAGGAACCUCAAGCCAAACCAGCCCCUGGCAAACAUUAUAGAAAUAAUCAAGAAACACCAGGAGAGAGAAAGAGCAGAAGGAAACAAGCAACUAUGUGAGAGGCAUCAAGAACCCCUGAAGCUCUUCUGCAAGGACGAUGAAGCCCCCAUCUGCGUGGUGUGCGACAGGUCAAAGAGACACCAAAAUCACAGCGUGCUUCCUGUGGAGGAGGCUUCUCAAGAGUUCAAGGAGGAGAUCCAGGCCCAACUGCUAUCUCUGGAGAAGGAGAGGGAGAAGCUCAAGGAACAAAAAAUAACUGAAGAGCAGAGAAGCCAGAAGUGCCUGACACAGUUAGAAGUGGAGAAGCAGAAGAUCCUGAACACCUUUGAGCAAAUGCACAAGUUUCUGGAGGAAAAGGAGCACCUUCUGCUGACCCAGAUAACAGAUCUGGAGAAAGAGAUCAAGAGAAAGCAGGAAGAAAAUUUCACUAGACUCUCCGAGGAGAUUCCGCGCCUCAGCAAACUGCUCACGGAGAUGGAGGAGAAGUGCCAGCAGCCAGAGAGUCAAUUCCUGCAGAACAUUGGAAGUACCGUGAGCAGGUAUGAGAAAGAACGAGUGGGAAAUGUGAUGGACCUUUGUCCUUGGUUAGAAGAAAUACCUGGAAUUUACUCACGGAAGAAUUCUGCUUUAGGAAAGGCAAUGGAAAAAUAUAAAGGGUCCCUGGAACAAGUGCUAAACAAAGUGAAUGUGACUCUGGAUCCAGACACAGCCAAUCCCCACCUCAUCCUGUCGGAGGACCUGAAGGGCGUGAGAUGGGAAGGCAAAGAGCAGGACCUGCCCAAGACCCCCGAGAGAUUUGACAAGGAGCGCUGUGUGCUGGGCCAGGAAAGAUUCUCUUCAGGAAAACAUUGGUGGGAGGUGGAGGUGGUGGAAGAGAAAGAAGAAGGGGCGUUAUGGGCCGUAGGGGCCUCACGAGAGUCUGUCAAGAGGAAAGGGUAUUUCAGCCUCAAUCCUAGUGAAGGGAUCUGGGCUGUAGGGAAGCCAUUCUUUUAUUCCCUCUCUCUUCGGCAACUGGCGGCUUUUACUUCCCCUAAGCGGACUGCUUUGGACUUGAGGCCUGAGCCAAGGAAAAUCCUGGUGUGCCUGGACUACGAAGAGGGUUCUGUGACAUUCUUCGAUGCAGAGACAGACCAUUUGAUCUUCACUUUUUCUUCAGCUGUGUUCUCUGGGGAGAAGAUCUGCCCCUAUUUCUGGGUGGGGAAGGGAGUCACAUUGAAAUGCUGAAUACUGAGGCAAAUCCUGUACCUACUCCCAGCUUCUGUACCAUCAAAAGAAUGCCACCAAAAGACAUCGACUUUCUAGAUCUUUA